AUGAAGUUUCGUCUGCUCCUCCCUGCUUUGGUUGCAUCCUUGUCCUUGUUUGGCAUCCAUGCUGAAGAAGAUGAGGAUCUUGGCUUUAUGGGCGGGCCUCCAGAGGACAGCCCAGAUGAUGGCGAGGAUCGUGGAGAAGGUGCCUCCAAAAAUGAUUGGUGCUGUGGCAUCAGUGGCCUUACGGCAGCUUACAAUCUGCAAAAGCUGGGCUAUAGCGUCACAGUGUUUGAGGCAGAAGGUCGCGUGGGAGGCAAGAUGGAAAGUUUGUAUUUGGAGAAUGGAGUCCCUGCGAGAGACACGGUGGUGAUGGAUGAAGAAACAGAAGCUGCAGCAUUUGAACUUUGUGGAGACCAGAGUCCCACGGAUCUGGGAGCCAUCAUUGGAACGGGAGACAAUUUGAAAGCCCUGGCAGACGAAUUGGGUGUUCCCUAUGCUCCGCUCAGUUGGAACUUGGACAAUGUCAUCGUCCAGCUGGAUGGGGAGACAACCAGUCGAUUUACUCGAGACCAGUUCUUGGGAGUUUCCGCACUGCAGAUCGCCCCAGAGGAAGACCCACAAGUGGCGAUUGGGGCUGCCUUUCAAGCCUUUUACGCCACGAUAGAGCUAUUCCCAGAGAUUGCAACACCUAGAAUCGAUGGAAAUGACCCCGAACUGGCAAUGCCAAUGACGGAAUUCGGAGAAAAGUAUGGGUUCUCCGUCUUGGUGGAUGGUCUCAGACCUGUCUUGGUGGGAUAUGGAUAUGGUUACUUUGAAGAGACGCCUGCUGGGAUUGUCCUCAAAUUGAUGUAUCCAAUUCUCCUUCCUGCUGCUACUGGAAGCAUUAUUGAGGUGUUCGGGUUUCCCUGUGGAUUUCAGUCCAUUGCAGAGGUCAUGGCACAAGAUAUGGAUGUUCGCCUCAAUGCUGCCGUAACUUCUGUCGAAAGAGACGACAACUAUGUGACUGUCCAGGCAGAGGGUCAGCCAGAAGAGAAAUUUGAGCAGAUUGUGAUUUCCACUACGUUGGACAUUGCCAGCACCUUCCUGGAUAUCAAUGACGAAGAGGCCGAGCUCUUUGCUCAGCAGAGGUACAAUCGCAUAGUCGCCACUGUUGCCAACGUCGAAUCCGAUGGAACCGACCAACAGAUUUACUUCUACGCUGAGCAAGGGUUUGAAGUCAACAUCAAUCAUGUGAAUGCUGUGUCCCAGACUUACACCAACAUUACGGCGGAGGUGGCAUACCAGGCGGUGGAUGAAAACAUUACGCUGGAUCAGGCCUUUCAAGUACUGGCAGAGGAUAUGGCAGAUUAUUGGCAAGGGUCUGUAGACGAACUUAUUCUGCAAAGGGAAUGGCCCAACUAUUUUCCAACCGUGUCCUCACAAGACUUUGCCGAUGGUUUCUUUGACGACAUGGAAAGCUUGCAAGGCAUCCGUAAUACCUACUUUGUUGGAAGCUAUCUAUUGUUUGAAAAUGUACCCUCUGCGGAACAGUAUGCGCGAGAUUUGAUCCUUCGCAAAUUUGAUAACGUCACGGAAAGAAUGUAA